AUGUGCUGUCUUGGGCCCUGCAAUGACGAUGCGUUCAAUCUUAAGCAGAAGCUUCUUCAAGAGAUUGGAGACAGGUGGCUUCCUUAUCUGACGCCUCGAGACGCUGGAUUCCACCAGCUGUGGCGGAGCCACUACCCGAAGCUGGUCCUGCGUGAGGCCGCCAGCAUCCCGGAAGAUCUGCACCGGCGGGUCCAGCGGGCCUUCCUCGCCCUGCGGGAGCGUGGCUGCUUCUUCCAAGACCUGGUGCGCAUCAAGGGGAAAGACCUGCUCACGCCGGUGUCCCGCCUCCUCGUCGGCCAGCCGGGACACACCUACAAGUACCUGGACACGAGGCUCUUCGCCGUGCCGUGGCCGGGGGGCGGGCCCGACGUCAAGUACCGGGACGCUGAGAUAGCCACGGCCUGCGCCGCUCUCGCCUGCCUGAAUGAUCACCUGCAAGCGGAGACGAUCCAGGCCUUGCCCGGGCCGCGGGCGACCGCCGUCUUGGACGACCCAAGCGUCCCCGUCUUCUCGGCCCUACCCCCCGUCCCGGAGACUCCCACGAAAGGGCCCCGCACGGGUGGCGAGGGCCCGCUCGCGGCCGGCAGAGCCGACCCGGGGAAGGGGCCGAGCCGAGCGGCGUUCAACGUGACGCUGUUGAAUUUCAUGGAUCCCCAACAGAUGGCCUACCUGAAGGAGGAGCCUUAUUUCGGGAUGGGGAAAAUGGCCGUGAGCUGGCACCAUGACGAGAAUCUGGUGGAAGGGUCGACCGUGGCGGUGUAUAGCUACAGCUGUGAAGGCCCAGAAACGGAUGGAGAGAUGGAGCAAGACAUGGAAGGGAGAGAUCGUGCUACUUGGCAUGUGGGCCUGAAGAUAGCGUGGGACAUAGACACGCCUGGGUUGGCAUUACCUCUUCACCAAGGAGACUGCUACUUUAUGCUGGAUGAUCUCAACAUGACCCACCAGCAUUGUGUUUUAGCCGGUUUCCAGCCUCGAUUCAGUUCUACACACCGAGUGGCAGAGUGUUCGAUGGGGACCCUGGAUUACAUCUUGGGGCAGUGCCGGGUUGCACUGCAGAACAUGCGUGAAGCUUCAGAGCCUGAGCCUGGGACUCUGAGGUGCCUGGAGCCUGCAGUUGUGAAGCGAGGAGAGGAAAUUCAUAAUGAGGUAGAGUUUGAAUGGCUGAGGCAGUUCUGGUUUCAAGGGAACCGCUACAGCAGGUGCACUGAUUGGUGGCUGCAGCCCAUGACACACCUGGAAGGACUGUGGGAAAAGAUGGAGCACAUGACAAAAGCGGUGCUCUGUGCAGUUAGAAAGGAAGAACAACCCAUGGAACAAAAGAAUGAAAUCGUUACCUGCUUGCUGGCCCUGCUUACGGAGCGUCAGGAGCUGCGGAGGGAAUGGAGAACCAGGUGUCAGUCUAGGCUCGCCCGAAGCUUACCCGACGACCAGAAGCCACAGUGCCGACCCUGUUGGGAUGACCUGGACCCCAGGAUGCCUCUGCCAUUUGAUCUCGGGGAAAUCAUUUCGGAGCUUGGACAUCACCUCCUGCGGUCGGAAUCCUCAAAGAAGUAGGACCUGGGGGGAUAGGAACCCAGGAUGCUUUUUCUGGGAAUAAUUUAAGGUCCAGAAGAGAAAGCAUCUUGGGUCUCUCGUCCAUCGUGCCUGAUCCAGACCAGGUCUUGGAAAGUCUGUAGCAUUGCUGUUUGUCACUGCCGGACUCGGGAUGGGGGUGCGGGGGCGGGGAGUGUCUUGCUGUGCUGUUAAGGAACACGGCACCCAAAUACAGGAACUU